CCAAUCCGUCAUUUGUCCGCAUCCGCAUCCCGCAAGUCCGUUCAACUCCCACACCCCACAUUGCCAAUCCUCCCGAUUCUCGGACCUUUCUCUCUCUCCCUCUCUCCCCCCACUAACCCAGCCGCCGUCCCUUCGCAGUCAUGUUCAAGGGCGAGCCUGGUGAAAAUAACAUGUUCGUGGGGACCUGCUUCCUCCUGGCCUUUGGACUGUACUACUGCUACCGCCAUCCCAUCACCACCCAGCAGCAGCAGCAGCCCAACGGAAAGACCUUCCUGUAUCCGUCACGGGCAUGGCUCUCGUCCCGCCCCUCGUAUCUGUGGAACCAGGCAAAGUCCGUCUACUACCUGUCGGCCAAUCCCGGCUCCAUCAUCAACUGGCCCAAGCUGUCGGCCUAUUCCCCGUCGUUCCUCUACUCGACCUACAUCCCGCAGUUCAACGACCCCUUCCCGUCCUCGCUUCUGUCAUACCCAAAGUUUCUCUCGGAUGCCUACCAUUCGCACACAUGGAGCCCCCAUGAGGCCCUCGCCAAGCUGUGGGCCUUCCCCGAGUCGCUGGCCUCGCUCACGUCGCAGCUCAGCACAGACUUUUCCUUGAGCGAGGUCAUGCCCGACAUCUUUGCCUCCUUCCCGCUGAUCGACGUCUCGGAUCCAUUGGUCGCCAUCUCGCCCUUCUCUCCCUACGGACCCGCUACUGUCUAUGACGACGACUCGGAUCUCGCGUCGGUUUUUUCCGAGUCCCUGUCGCUGGCGCUUUCGCGCACGCCUUCCUCCUGCUCCCUCUCGGCCAUGCCGGCCGAGCUCGCGCCUGAACGCCGGAGUCUGCGCACCGACACUCUUUCCCGAUCGGUCCGUCGCCCGUCGCUGUUGGCGACCCGGAUGGCCCUCUCCAAUCAUGUUAUCGUGUACACCAUCUUCUCGUUCCUCCGACCGUCGUAUGUCCGCGACGACCUCUCCCGGGUCUCGCGUCUAUGGUAUCGGAUUGCCCAGGACUACAUCGACGACUCGUUCCUGAACCUCAAGCUCCAGAUCUCGCUCUUCCGCAUCGAGUCGCAGGUGCUCUCGGUUCCGAUCUCGGGCCCUGUCACCCUCGUCUGCUGCGACUAUGCCUGCGACUCGGACGGUACCACCGUCAUGCAGUUCAAGCCCGCAAGAUCGUCUGCUCCCUUGACCAUGAUCGACACUGGCCGCCGCGACCGCCACGUCCUUGAGUUUCGGAACGAAUCCGGAAGCAGCUCUGGAACUGAUGCAAAGGCGCCAGAUAACGACAAGACCAACGUGCAUCUGCGCUUUGCGCCGGACUCUGGAUAUUUCAUGCGUGGUGGCCGCUUCAGCCGCGGCAGCCCUCCUGACAGCACGGACGAGUGCAUUGCGUACUUCCAGCAGCCCGAUUCGCCGAGCGAGUGGUGCGGCAGUGGAAUCUACCGGCUUCACACUCUUUGGAUGACUGCCAACCUCGCCUCACAGUGCUUUGCCAACCUCGGGCUGGACCGCGUUGGGCGCAUCCGCCGUAAGCACACCUCGCUCCUUUCGCUCUCGCAGCCCAAGCUCCUGAUCGCUCCGGACGAAUCCUCCGCCAACCCCCCGCCGUUCUCGAUCGUGCCCAAGCAUCGCCUCGACCACAUCUGCAGCGUCGUCGCCACCCGGGUCUACAAGCUGCAGAGUGCUCCCUGCGCAGGAACGCACCACUACAAGUGCGGCCUCGACUGGCUCGGCUGGAAGGCCAUUUUCCUGGCCAAAGACCUGCAUCCGUCGCUGCUUCUGGAUGCCCUUGCCAACGGAUCGUUCUGCACCGGUUCUGGUGGUCAGGGCCAGCUGCAGGCUGCCUGCAAGAGCGCCCGCCAGUUCCUCUCGAUCCACGUUCCAGCGGCGCAGCGAGCCAUUGAGAUGGCUCGGGAUCUCGAGGCGGUGCACCACGUCUCCUUCGACAUCAACCACUUUGAGAACGAAUCGUCGCUGACGAUGGGGCCCGACAUGGUCUUCAAGGCCAAGACACAGGCAUCGCUGCUGCAGCUUGUGCAAGAGUUUGGCAUUCAGUCCGUUGGCCUGCCCGGGCCCAUCACCACGACGUCUCUGGCCCUCUCGUUCCUGCAGGCCAUGUCGACCAAGAUGUCGCUGUUUAUGCUGUCCUCAGCCGAGCGAUUCUGGACGCGCCUGGUCUUUUCGAACCUGUCGUCGACCUGGAUCCAAACCUUGGCCGUCAAGACGUUUAGCUCACUGGAGCUGGCUCCGCUGCUGCUGUCUGAGGCCCAUUUCCAGGACGACGACAACAGUCUGCUGGAGCUCCAGUAUCUCCACGGGGAAACGGACGUCUCGCUCCUGUGGAAUCAGAUCGUGGAUCUCUCGGACCGGUUCCAGAAGGGACCCAUCGACGACGAUCUGCUGUUCCUCUGGCCGGCCGCCGGGCGCGCUGCCGACGACGGACCCCAGUGCGAUGAGUGUGGCCAGCUGCACGGUCCUUCGUAGACAUGCAUGUUCUGGCUGCACUUUGCCUGUCGACUGGUCAGCCCCAAGGGCCUGCUGUGAAGCUGCUGGAGCCCGCUACCACCAAGUCGUAUUGCCAUCUGCAAGGGCGUCCGAGCGACCUUGAGCGAAUCAAGUCUCUGCGCCAACCAACCCUGCCUUGCACUGCCAUGUCUUGUCUUGUCCUCUCUUCUCCUCUCGUCACAUCUACGCUCCAUCACAUCUACGCUCCAUCACCCAUCGGGUUUGUUACAAAGCUCCCCCGC